CAUAGCAACGGCGUGGGGGCGACAGCCAAUGGCGGGGCGGGAUAUUGAGGCUGCCAGGGGUGAAGCCGGCGGGAUGGCCUGUGGCUGUCCCAAGCCAUCCCUGGAAGCUGUGGCCCAGAGGAAGAAGGUGAAUCCCAGGCUGGAGCUGCCCGAGGAGCAGCAGCGCGAGAUCCGCGACGCCUUCGAGCUCUUCCACACCGAUGGCAGCGGCAGCAUCCACAUCAGGGAGCUGAAGGUGGCCAUGAGGGCCCUGGGGUUUGAACCUAAGAAAGAAGAGAUCAAGAAAAUGAUCUCAGACAUUGAUAAAGAAGGCACAGGAAAAAUCAGCUUCAGUGACUUCCUGGCAGUGAUGUCCCAGAAAAUGGCUGAAAAAGAUUCCAAAGAGGAGAUUCUCAAAGCUUUCAAACUCUUUGAUGAUGAUGAAACUGGAAAAAUCUCCUUCAAAAACCUCAAACGUGUGGCCAAAGAGCUGGGGGAGAACCUCACAGAUGAGGAGCUGCAGGAGAUGAUUGAUGAGGCAGAUCAGGAUGGGGACGGGGAGGUGAGCGAGCAGGAAUUCCUGAGGAUCAUGAAGAAGACCAGCCUUUACUGAAGCCCAGUGGCAUUUAUUCCUUGGCCCUUGUGUGCCUCAUUUUGUCAUGUCUUGAUGUCUUUGGAGGCAGCAGAAAAUACAGGUCAGUUCUGCUGGAAGUUUUUUGUGUGGAAUGAUUUUGUUCAGAAGUUUUAAGGGUGUUUGGGAGCAGAUUGCAGCACCCCUGUUGGGUGCUGGUUAUGAUGUUUACACUCUUUAAAAUCCACAAAUCACAUUUUUGGGACCAAAUUCAGAUCCUUUUCUGACUCAAAAAAAUGGGUCCAGUUUGGUAAAGAGGUGACUCAAAACCAGGCAGUGUCAAUGUAUUGCUCAAUGUAAAUCUAUUUUGGGAUUAUGUUUUUGGUUGGGCUCUACAGUGAACUCUUUUCAUUACAUAUUUGCAGGGACCAGCUUUUUGGAACCUGUUUUAUGGGGAUUAUCCCUUCCCCCUUUUUUUAGGGCAUUCUUAAAACACAAAAUGAAAAUAAACUGCUGCAACUUUC